UAUAUCUGCAUAUUGAUGGAAAUUUUUUGUUUUUCCUUGAGAAAGGCUGGGUUUCAGUAUAUUAUCUUCUCUCUCAGAUAUUUCCAGCCACCAGGAACUUGGAUACAAUGUGCAUUAGAAUCCAGGGAACUUCUUGCUUUGUGUUUGAAAAAAAUCAAAGCCCCUCUGAGUAAGGUUCGGCUUGUAGAUGCAGGCUUUGUUUGGACUGAGCCCCAUUCUAAGAGACUUAAAGUUAAACUAACUGUUCAGAAAGAGGUGAUGAAUGGUGCUAUCCUUCAGCAAGUGUUCGUGGUGGAUUAUGUUGUUCAGCCCCAGAUGUGUGGAGAUUGCCAUAGAGUAGAAGCUAAGGAUUUCUGGAAGGCUGUGGUUCAAGUUAGGCAAAAGACUUUGCACAAAAAAACUUUCUACUAUCUGGAACAGUUAAUUUUGAAAUAUGGAAUGCAUCAGAAUACACUUCGUAUCAAAGAAAUUCAUGAUGGAUUGGAUUUCUAUUAUUCUUCAAAGCAGCACGCUCAGAAGAUGGUAGAAUUUCUUCAGUGUACAGUUCCCUGUAG